AUGGCUAAGUCUAAGAACCAUACCACCCAUAACCAAUCACAAAAAUGGCACAGAAAUGGCAUCAAGAAAUCUAGGUCACAGAGAUAUGAGUCUAUCAAAGGGGUUGACCCCAAGUUUCUGAGAAACAUGUGCUUUGCCAAGAAACACAACAAGAAGGGGCUGAAGAAGAUGCAGGCCAAUAACGCCAAAGCCAUCAAAGCACGAGCAGAGGCCAUCAAGGCCCUGAGCACCAAGGCCUCCAAGACCAAACUCCUCAGGCCCAAGAUCCCCAAGGCCAGUGCCCAGAGUGCUGGACAUAAGAUGGUCACCAAGCGUCCAGGCCCUAGAGUUGGCAUCAAAUGGCCAGGCCUCAGGAUCAUGAAGCCUGACUCUACUGUUGCCAGGACCACUGACCCCAAGGCUGCCAAAUCCACUGGCCCCCAGGCUGCCAAGUCUGCUGCCAAGGUCAGUAAGUCUGAUCCCAAGGCUACCAAAUCUGGCCCUAAACCCAGCAAAUCUGACGCCAAGGCAGCCAAAUCUGAUUCUAAGGCCACAAAGUCCAGUGAUUCCAAGGCUGCUGAGCCGGCUGAGUCUAAACCCAAAGAUGCUGGGGCUAAAGCUGCUAGUUCCAAGCCUUCAAAAUGGAUGCUUCAGGACAGAAGGACUUAUUUAAACCCUAAACUACCGUUUUUUCCCAGUCAGGGUAUGAUUAUUCUAUUCACUAUUUUGUACAAAUAAAGAAAAUGGUGAGUCAUAAAAA